AAGUCCAAAAAAAAAAACUGAUUUUGCCUGUUUGGUUUGGAUCCGAGGAGAUGGUUCCUUCGAGCGAGACAGCGACCGUACGAGUCCUUUGCCAAAAGCUGCUUCUCUCAGAGAACCAACCUGGCAAUCUCCAAUGGCUCAUUGGUUCUCCAUUUUUCCCGCCUUUCACCGUCGUCUCCACCUUCCGAUGUAUCCAUCACUCUUCUGAUUUCCAGCAAGAAUCUGAUGAUCUGCGGAAGUUACUACCAAAAGGUUUUGAAGUCAUUGGGGGUCUCAUAGUUGGGGAUUCUGAUGCUGAGAAAAGUGCAUUUGAGGCAGUUAGAGCUGCUCGUAGAUUGCGAAAGCAUUUAUCUGAAGGUGGAGAGUUGGAUGAUGAAAAGAUUGUUGGGGCUAGUUGUGAUAUAAGAACUGGUACCAUUCACUUUUUCAUCUCUAAAAACGAAAAAGCAACAAAGCUAGAGCCUGUUGCUUCUGUUGUGUAUGAGGAUAAGUCUGGAAAGUAUUUAUGGGAGAAUGGUUGCUUGCUUCAAUGUGAGCUUCCAAUCAAGUUGCCCUUCUAUUUUCCCGCAAGCUCGCCUUCUGAUUCGAAGGAGAAGUUUUCAGAUGCAAUUGAUGCAGUGAUUACUCAGUUUAAAGAACCUUAUGCUGUAUACAUAGCCGAGACCUUAAACAAAUCUUCUGGAGAUGUUGCAAAGCCAAUUGUCCUCCGUGGUAAAGUUUUUGGUUUUGGUGCUGAUGCAUCAAACAUUAAUCGUCUUCCUGCUGCUGACCAAGUAUCUGACAUUAAAAUGUUGUCAUGUUCACAUUUUUGUCUGAAUAGCAAAACUGCUCCAGCAGUAAAUUCAGCUGAGAAUGCAGAUAAAAUCCACAUAUCUGUUCUUCUUAAUAGAUCUGAAAAAUUUCCAACCUCUGGUGCUCCUGUUGCUGAAUAUUUUCCAGCUAUGGAAGAAGCAAGGCUCAUUGUUGUUGAUUUGAAUCUUGAUGUACUUACUUAUGCACCCAAGGAUCUUCCACUAAUGCAUGCGGUCUCAAAUUUAGUUAUCCCUGCUUUGGUUGAUCAAUUAUAUUCCCUGAAGAAGAUUAUCUUACCAUAUCUCUUGAUGGAACAUCCUCAGUUGCGUAUAUAUCACUUCAAUCCACCUGGAGUAUUACAUCCAAUCACGACUAUAUACGAGCUUAACUACGGGGAGACUGAAAUGAAGCAAGUCGAUGUUAGAAAAUCUCUACACUUGAGGCUUGGUCUGCCACUAAAUCGUCCACUCCUAAGAACUGCUAAUGCCUUGGAUUUUUCUGUGAAUGAUGACUCUAGGAGCAACGUAAAGAAAAGGGGUUCCAUCUUGCUCAAAGAUGUGCACAUCGGAAUCCCUAGCAGUGGAGUCACGGAGGGUGUGUCAUCUCUAAUCCAAGGUUCAUAUGAGUAUUAUCAUUAUCUUCAGGAUGGCUUUGAUGACUCGGGAUGGGGCUGUGCUUACAGAUCACUGCAAACUAUCAUCUCCUGGUUCAGACUUCAGCACUAUACAUCCAUUGCUGUUCCUUCACAUAGGGAAAUACAGCAGACACUCGUGGAAAUAGGUGACAAGGAUACUUCUUUUGUAGGAUCACGCGAGUGGAUCGGAGCCAUAGAGUUGAGUUUUGUGCUAGAUAAACUUCUUGGUGUAAGUUGCAAAAUAAUGAAUUUUAGAUCUGGGUCAGAGCUCCCAGAGAAAUGCCGUGAGUUAGCUAUGCACUUUGAGAACCAAGGAACUCCAAUAAUGAUUGGAGGUGGGGUUCUUGCAUACACGCUACUGGGAGUGGAUUACAAUGAAGGAAGCGGGGAUUGCGCGUUCCUGAUCCUGGAUCCGCAUUACACAGGAAGUGAGGAUCACAAGAAGAUCGUGAAUGGUGGAUGGUGUGGGUGGAAAAAAGCAGUAGAUAGCAAAGGGAAGAGCUUUUUCUUGCAAAACAAGUUUUACAAUCUUCUUCUUCCUCAGCGUCCUAACAUGGUUUAAAUUAUAUCAUUGUCCUCCCUACAUACACCAACCAAUCAUAUCACAGUUUUACUAGUGUACUCUGGUCUACUACUUAGUCCUGAUAAUGCAAAACAUGGAGUUUUAGUUGCAGUUGAUAUUUUUUUUAUUUUUUUUUACGAGUUUGUGUUAUGGAAAAAGAAGUAAAUCCAAUGCAAACCAAAUUCAAGGAUAAGGUCAAUAGCUUAAUUACUUUUGACAAA